CAGGCAGCUGACUUUCAUUUGCACGCUUUUGGCUCUAAUUGUUGGCCUAAAGGCCUCAUCAACCUGUCCCUCUUUAUUCACUGAAGUGGGUCAAAAGUGCUACUACGUGGGUAUGGGUAUGGGGUAUGGGAAAGGGUAUGGGGUAUGGGAAAGGUAAAUUGGCAUGCAGCCUCUAGCAAAUGUGGUGCACUCGGAGGAGAAUUGAUGGUCCUGGAUGACUAUGAGGAUUAUCUUAAGACAACUAUGUUCCUCAAGAGUCAGGGACUACUAGCCAGUGAAGAUUGGAAAAAUUCAUUGUGGGCCGGCAUUCAUCGUCUGGGAAAUGGAGUAGACUUUCGGAAAUCUAAAAAUGGUGAAGAUCCCUUCCUGCCCUGGGUGCCAGGUGAACCGAAUAACGGUAAUCCUGAGGAAGCAUGUGUGGCAUUUGGAAACUAUCUUAAGACCAAUGGCUAUAUAGAUUUCCAAUGCACAUCCGAGAACCCCUAUGUGUGUCAACAUCCAAAAAUAAGAGAGAAUUAUUUGUGCAUUAAACGAGAAUAUUUUGUAGAGACCAUAUUCUAAAGAAAGUAAUAAGCUUUUAAACUAAAUUUAUUAUUUUAUAGUACUAAAUAAAAUGUUAAAAAAAAAACAU